CUGUACAAGAGAGUAGUCAAAUGUUGCCAUUGUUGUCUGUCGUUUUCCUUGUUUGGGUGCUCCUCUUAGUGGUUUAUCUCCAUUGUUGACUGGAAUUUUGAGCAAAUAGAGGGGGAAAUGGAGACAACAGUGGAUAUUGUUAUAGCGGGCGGUGGAAUUGCAGGUCUGGCUACUUCUUUGGGACUUCACAGGCUGGGGCUGCAGAGCUUAGUUUUGGAAUCAUCCGAAUCUUUAAGAGCCGGAGGGUUUGGGCUUAUGCUGUGGAAUAACGCCUGGAGGGCACUCGAUUCUCUGGGCGUUGCAGAUUCACUCAGACGACAUUCUCUUCCCAUUAAAGAGCUUCGAGUUUUCUCUGCAGAUUCGGGGCUUCAGACCUCAUCUGUGCCGUUGGAUGUGUACAAGAAUAGAAACAUUGAAUGCCGGUGCUUGAGAAGGAAGAUGUUAAUCGAGACAUUAGAGAAAGAACUUCCCCAAGGAACUGUCAGGUAUUCUUCUAAGGUUGUUUCGAUUGAAGAAUCGGGACCCUUCAAAUUGGUUCAUCUAGCAGAUGGAUCCCUUAUCAGAACUAAGGUCUUGAUUGGGUGUGAUGGAGUGAAGUCUGUGGUGGCGAAGUGGUUAGGACUCGAAAAACCAGUUGUUUCGAAGAGGAUAGGCAUUAGGGGGUUUGUCGAGUAUCCAGAAAAACAUGGUUUCGAGCCCAAAUUCUUUCUUCUCAUUGGCGUUGGAGUUCGCUUUGGCAUUCUUCCUUGCAAUGACAAUGCCUUGUAUUGGUUCUACAAUUUCACUCCAUCCAUUGCAGGCUUUGAUCAAAGUGCAAAGAAAGAUCCCGUUAAGCUGAAGGAGUUCGUGUUGGGCAAGAUCAAGAACGCGUCGAAUGAAGUGAAGGGCGUCGUGGAGAGAACGCCUCUCGACUGCAUUUCCUGUGUCAAGUUGAAGCUGAGACUGCCGUGGAAUGUUUUGGUCGCAGACAUUGUUAGGAACAACGUUUGUGUUGUAGGUGAUGCCCUUCAUCCUAUGACGCCCGACAUUGGCCAAGGUGCCUGUUCGGCUCUGGAAGACAGCGUUGUCCUAGCCCGUCGCCUAGGAGAAGCGUUCUUGUUGAAACCGGGUGGAGGCGUUGGAGAUGAAGAAUUUAUGAGGAUUAGAAAUGGGCUUGAUAGGUAUGGCAAGGAGAGGAGAUUUAGAAGCUUUCUGCUCAUCAGUUGUUCUUAUUUGAUUGGUUUCAUUCAAGAGAGUGAUAAUAGAGUGGUGAGUUUCUUGAGGGAGAACUUCUUGGCUAGAUACACUUUGGCCAUAAGUUUGGGCAUGGCUGAUUUUGAUUGUGGGAAACUUGUGUUUUCUUGAUCUUCCCCAAGUCAAGAAUUUUGAUAUACUUAGACUUAACUCUGUACAAUGUAUUAUAAGAUAAUCUAAUUGGCUCAAUAAUUUAAACAAUAAA